AUGACCGGUGAACUCUAUUACACUCCACGGUGGUUACAAACAGCAGCUGUAAAUGUAUUAAACAACUAUCACAGGGAAGCUAAUUGCUCCCAACUUGGAUGGCAGAUAGACUUACUGAGUUACAAGACGCAAUUAAUUUACAAGCUGAAAAUUUGUGCAACGCAAUCGGUGUCUGCCAAACCAGAAUACCAGGCAUUUAUCCAAGCCCAACCAACUGACGAUAUUGCUCGGAGUUUUGCUGUUGCAAUUUCCGCUACUGCAAAGCAACUGGAUGCAUUGAUUGGAGCUCUGCCUGAAGAAGAAGCCAGUGCAGAUAUUCAACGUGCUACUGUUCACAAACUUUUAGAAGCUUAUAGAUCUGAAGGAGCGAAACUUGCGCGUAUCACAACUAAACUUGAGUCAAGGUUGGCUGAAGUACGUCGCUGCUUAACAGCUAUUGCUCAAACACAACUCACUACCCAAUCACUAGAAUCAGAGGUGUAUAGAGAAUUUUAUGGAAACUAA